AUUCCGUUGCACGGUCCCUCACUCAAACAUCCCCGAAGUACUAAGUCAGGAUUCUUAUGGUUAUCUAAACGUGUCGUUGAAUAGAAUGUCAUCCCCAUCGCCACAUGAUCGUAGUCGGAGUGAGGACGAAGAUGAUCCUGUGGACAAAAUGAUAUCAAAAACGGGCUGUGCCGAGCUUCACUACAGUGUUCAGGAAUGCAUGGCCGAGCACCAGGACUGGCGCAAGUGUCAAUCUGAAGUGCAGAACUUUAAAGAAUGCAUGACGGCAUUCCAGAAAGCACGGAUAGAACUGCUGCGGAAAAGUCAAAACCCAAGUGAUGCGACUACAUAGACGUGGGACGUGGGGCGUGUUACAAACUGACCUCAAACAUUUACGUUACCAGCCCAGCACUCGGCCACCAUGAUCGGAGAUUUUUAAAGAUCACGAAUAAGUACGUACUGUAGGCUUACUGUUUUCUUCCCACUGUCUACUCCAAGGCAAUCGCCACAGCCCCCGUCUGUUGUAGCCCACAUAAUUCACAAUAAAUGGUAUGGAGAGGAGACAA